GGAGACAUGCGGUAGAAUCAGACUGACGUUUCCAGAUUCUUCAAAUACUUGUAUACUGUAUGCCUUUCUACAACUUCCUCGAUCAGGUCAGCAAGCGAGCUGCCCACUCGUUCAAGAGCGAUACUCCUCUUGUCGAUGCAAUGUAAGGCUUUGCGCUUCAAGUCGUUAUACAAUACUGACUCUAUCAGGAUCAUGUUCAUGAGAGAAUUCAAAACCAUCGACAGUGCCGAGUCUACUGAGAAGCUGCGCAUGCGCCUCAAGGAUCAGGAGUUGGAACAGUACGGUGACUCCAUCACGCCCGAGUAUGUUUACGACACGAUCAAGAUGUUGCCUCGCUUUUCUUCCAUGAGACGUGGCCAUCAGCAAGACGCUGAGGAGUUCCUCGGUUUCCUGCUUGAUGGUAUUCACGACGAGUGUAUGACUGUGAUGCGCAAGGCAGGAGUAGACUCGGACGAAUCUGCGCAGCCUUCAUCGCCUGCCAGUACCACAUCAGGAGCCAACGCCGAUGCUGGCUGGCUCGAGGUUGGACCCAAGCAGAAGCAGUCUGUCACUCGCCAGAGCGGAGAAUCUCUUUCUACGCCCAUCACUCGCAUCUUUGGUGGUACCCUCCGAUCGGAACUUCGUGUCCCCGGACUCAAGAACUCGGUCACCAUGGAGCCCUACCAGCCUCUGCAAUUGGACAUUGGUGCACCAGAUGUCAACAAUAUUAUCCAAGCACUGAAAGCAAUCACCAAGCCCGAGACUUUGACUGGAGAUUUCGGUUCUCCUCGCGGACCAGGCACGACUGCUGUCAAGCAGGUUUUCAUUGAAAGUCUGCCCCCAGUCUUGAUCCUUCACCUGAAGCGUUUCCAGUAUGACAACACCGGUGGCACUCAGAAGAUCUGGAAGAAGGUCGGUUACCCGCUCGAGCUAGAAAUUCCGAAGGACGUCUUUGCACCACAUAAGCGUGGUGGUCUAGCCGUGCAGGGUGGUGCUCCCAAGUAUCGCCUGACUUCGGUCGUCUACCACCAUGGCAAGAGUGCUGCAGGUGGUCAUUAUACAGUUGACAUUCUUCGACAGGACGAGCGCGAGUGGGUUCGCGUUGACGACACCAUCAUCCGCCGCAUUCGUCCUGAAGACGUGGCCGAGGGCGGUUCUGAGGAAGACCCAAGAAUCUUGGCGCGCGCUCUCGAGCAGCACAAGGCUGAUCAGGAUGCUUCCAAACGCAAUCUGUUCGAAGGUCUUGAUGGUGAUGAUGACACGGACAGCGUUCGUAGCUGGAACGAGGUCAAUGGCGCCAACAAGAAGCCCACAUGGACAUCUACGGUCGCCAACGGCACAUCAUCUGGCAAGCGCACACCACUGGCCAAGGACAAGAGCAGUGUCAAGGACAACAAGGUCGCUUACAUCUUGCUCUACGAAAAGAUGACGGGUUGAGAACUGUGUCCUCUCAUCGGAACAUUCUCUGCAAAAGCUCGAUCUAUUCAUAUGAUCUGAGGAAUGACCCACGGCCCUCCAAGUGAACGAGGAGAGGAGC